UGUCCUUGCGGCUUCAGUGGUCAGGAUGGCGUCGCUCAGCCUCCUCGUGCUCGGGACCGCGCUGCUCCACGCCACUCAGUGGGCACUUGGAGCCCCUGGAGGAGUCAGACACCAGAACCUGUUGGCCUACGGCGACGACCGCAGUGAGGUGAUGUCACUUCCGGCCUACUACCAAUCAGAUGGCUGGACGGGCCAGAGUUUGGAGCAGGCCCUUCAGCGAUUGGUGGAGAGGGGGCAGAGACAGGACGAGGAGGAACAGCGGUUAGCCUCCGUGACAACCUUGCUCCGCCUGCUCGCCAAGGCCGAGGCUGAGGGAUUGCUUGAUCCAGGAGAUGUGCAGCUGGUGGAGGAGGACUUCGAAGGCCGUGGCCAAGGUCGGGUCUCGAGCAUGGGGAGGGUCCCCACGGCCUGGUGGAGCCUUGUGACACCGCAACUUCUUAAGGCCCUGCUCGACAGGAUGGAACCACAGGUAGGUAGAUCCCCGUCUGCAAGGAUGAGACUUGAGCGAUUGCGGGGCGAUGAUGACGACUACGGUGAUGACAACAAUGUGAGACGUCUGCUUGCUAGGAUCAUGCCAAUCAUCAACCCUGAAUAUGCUCCAUCUGCUCGACGCACAAGACGGGAUCUGUCCGUUCCUGAGCCCGCGGGAACCGCGUCCAGGAGAAGCCGCCGUUCCCUUGACGAUGACACCUUGCCGCCGCGCAGCAAUGAUCCACUGCUCAGGGUGAAGAGGCUGGGCGAGGAAGAGGAGGAAGGGCAGCAGCUUCACGCGGUGGCAAACGCCAACGAGCGACAACAUGGCGGCCGACGCCGGAGAGCCGCCGUAAACCAUGCGCUGCUUCACCAGAUUGUUAACUACAUGAGGAAGUAGAAGGCAAAGAAAGGAAAAGGAGGAAGGAAGUGGUGUUGUCUUAAGAAGUAUCAUCUUUAUUGUCGUGAAUACAUGCAUAUUCAUGAAAUGUGUCCUCGUCACAGGGACAACUUUUAAUCCAAAUGAGUUGAAGUCCGAGAAUGAGGCCCGGUCAUCGGUAUGUUUGUAAUCUACUUAAGAUAUUAACAGGGUCAGUUGAGGGAAAAUGACUUGAAAUGACACCCCAUAAAUCAGAAUAAUUGCUGAGGAUCCUCUUCAGAGAUACCUGAUCCAAGAGUGCCUUUGCUGAGUUAGAUCAGAAAAAGGUCAGAAGAACAAUUCUCAAAUUGGACCUGAUUAUUGGCAUGGGUACACCAUGCUUUAAACUUUAGUAAAGCAGGGCUGAGUAAUGACUCCUAAAACACUCAACAACGCACAAUAAUCCCUUAGGAUCAUCUUUAGAGACAUCUGCCAAUCAGGCCUAUGCUGACUUUGAUCGGCAAGGUAGGUAAAAACGCUCAAAUUAGCCUUGAAAAUUGGUAGGCGUUGACCCCUCUUUAGCCAUUGACAAGCUCAAGGUUGAAAGAAAUGUUCUUAACACACCCCACAACACAGGAUAAUUGUUUAGAAUCAUUUUAAAACACAUUUGUCAAAUGCGCCUUUGCUGUCUUUGAUAAAUAAGAGGUAAACACAGCAACAGUAAGUGAAUUGUAAGUAAGUGUACAGUCUAUUGAUAUACUCUAUGCCAAGGGUGUCAAACUCAUUUUUCUCGCGGGCCACAUUGUCGUUCCGGUUUCCCUCAGAGGGCCGUUAUGACUGUAAAACAAAAAUAUUUAAUCAUCUCAUCAUAUCUACAUCAUCAAUUUAUUUACAAGUUUUGGAAUCAGAAUUCAAGGGCAAUGUGUUUUUCAACUAUUCACGUUUGGUAACACAAAAAUGCUUGUAAUGUCUCAGCUUUAUCAUUUAUGAUAUAUGACAAUUUGAAAUUUUGGUACAAAUUUUUACAAGAAUCAUGUAAAUUGACACUCUACAGUAGGCUUCGCGGGCCACAUAAAAUCGUGUGGCGGGCAAGAUCUGCCCCCCGUGCCUUGAGUUUGACACCUGUGCUUUAUGCCAUUCAGGAUCAUCUUUUAGAGACAUCCAAUGAUCGGGCCUUUUGUCGGUUGAUGGUUUCAACUGGUGGGCAGUUGGCUAGUGUAACCACUUUUUGACAGCUGCCAUACCUUAUGUUGUCAUGCUAUCUGCAUUGUUAUUUAUGAAUUUUUUUUUUUCUUGUGGAGAGGGGAAGAUUGAAAAUGGAGCCACGAGAACGUCUUUUGGAGCUCUGUGUUGUGUUUGUGCACUCCAGCUAAUCCCAGCUUGUCAUGCUACCACACGUUUGCAUGCCUACAUGGCAAAAAGUAAUUAAAAGUGAUAAUAAAAU